AUGUCCUUGAAGCAGGAAAUAGAGACGUGGGUUCAGGCUCUGGGACAUUACGACAAUAAUGAAUUCGAAGAUGCGCUCAAAUCGUUCUCCAAUAUCGCCGACACCUCGAAGAUUUUGUUUAACUGCGGUGUGAUAUAUGCGACCUUGGGGGAACAUGCCAAAGCUGUUGACUUCUAUCAGAGAGCGAUCGCCCUCGAUAAGUACUUUGCAAUUGCGUAUUUUCAGGAAGGUGUCUCGAAUUUCCUUCUCGGCGACUUUGAGGAAGCGCUUGUCAAUUUCAACGAUACUUUACUCUACUUGAGAGGAAAUACGUCAAUCGAUUAUGAACAAUUGGGACUCAAGUUCCAGCUGUUCUCCUGCGAAGUUUUGUUUAAUCGGGGAUUAUCGUACAUCUACCUCAAUCAAAUCGACCAAGGCAUGCAGGACCUCGAUUAUGCCUCCAAGGAGAAAUUCAAGCCAGACCAUGAUGUCAUCGACGAAGCAAUAAAGGAGAGUGCGGAGGGCUACACCGUCUUUUCUAUCCCGGUUGGCGUUGUAUACCGGCCAAGUGAAGCAAAAGUAAAAAAUUUGAAAACAAAGGAGUAUUUGGGAAAGGCUAGACUCGUUGCAGCAUCUGACCGCGGAAACGCGUUCAUCGGAUUCCAGGGCUCUGAAAUCAAACGAACUAGGACGCUCGAUACCGGCAAAGAUGACAGACCCACUGAUGCGAUCUCGUAUGCCGCAACCAACUUGGUACAAAAGAAUUUGGUUGGAAGAGGACGACAACAGUCAGAACCGCCGAUAAAUCGGAAUAUGUUCCCCCCAACACCCCCACCAGAUAACGAUAAACCACAAUCAUUCUUCGGCGGUAGCUCUAGUGCUAAUUCUACAAAGCCAACGAGAUCGACAUCUGUGCGAGAACCACCCUUCCCUGUGGUUCAGCGAAGCAUGGACAAUGGUGAUGUGCCCCAGGUGGAGAGACUUCGAAUCGGAGCUACCCGGUCGGCCUCUGAAUCGAGAGGACCCGGAGUAAGGUCGCAAUUUCCUGCAAAACCGCGCAAUCAAAAUCAACCUUUGUACCGAGAGACUACAGGUGAUCGGCGCCAAAAGGGUUCGACCUUCAUCCCCUUAUCCGAGGAAGAGGAUGCCAGUGCAAUUUACAAUAUGUAUUCGGGUACUGAACCUCCGCGGAGCGUGUAUGCUCCACGUUACAGAAACACCAGGCAGCCAGUUUAUCCUGAUGAAGACGGCUACGAGAGCGAUGCUUACGAAGAUGACUCUAUUGGCGAUACACAGUUUGAGAUGAUCGGGGCCCCUCCGCCUGCGCGCAGGCGCACUACGGGCUCGAGACGGUCAGAUAUUAAGAAGAUCCGUGUGAAGGUCCACGCGGACCAGGAUACUCGCUUUAUCAUGAUUGGCCCCUCAAUCGAGUUCGGUGCUCUCGAAGGGAAGAUAAGGGGAAAGUUUGGCUUCAAAUCUAAACUGAAGAUCAAGAUGCGAGACGACGGCGACAUGGUAACAUUGGGCGACCAGGAUGAUUUGGACAUGCUUCUUCAAACAGCGAAACAGGUCGCACGGAGAGAAAAUAAUGAAAUGGCUCCCUCCACCGCGUGGCCCGUUUUGCAUCGUUUCAACUGUUUUGCCCAAUUGCGAUUUUGCAGAGUAACCUUGCAAGAUGAUCAUGAAUCGGUGAUAAUGGCAGACAUUACCUUUGUUGUCAAUGGACUCUUGAAAUCCCAUGGCGUGUCAGGCAUCCCGAACCGCGAAGGCCGCAGGGCCAAGUACCAGACAGUGGACGAGUUCUUGAAGGAAGCAUACCGAAUAUCAAUCCGGCAAGCGUACCUCUCCACCGCACCUCGUCCGCCUGUGUCCCGCCGACAAACACACCAAUCCUCCACAUCAAUCGCAAGUCUCCAGUCCGGCAACACCUCCCUUCAUCUAGAGCAACAUCUAACCGACGAAGAGCGGGACUCCAUCGACUCCUCCACCGCCAUACUUCUCCGCGACCUCUCCUCGUCCAUCGAAAACCUCGCAUCCGCCGAAACCCUCCGGCAAGAGACGCAAUCAAGCCUCUUCCGCAAGAAAUUCGGAUACAAGCUGAACAGCCGGAUAUGGAAGUGGGCUGGCGGCGGGGCAGAUGGCGCGGAGCAGGCGUCUCGGAGUGCGGAGCAGGAGGUUGCGGAGGAUUCGGAGAAGACGAUGAAGACGGUGAGGGAGAAUGUGCUUUGGUUGUUGCGCAGGAGGCUGGAAGCUGCGGUGGAGGUGCAGAGGGCGAUGGUGGAGAAGAGGAUUGAGAGGGCGAAGGAGAAGGAGAAGAGUAUCUUGUAUAAGAGUGGGCGGGCGUCAGUGAGUGGUGGUGCUGGUGCUGGUGCUGCGGCGCAGGGUCGGGCAAGUGAGUACCAGGCAAUGUUGGAUGAUGAUGUUGCGAAGACAAAGGCGCCAGUUAGGGUGCAUGAUCCGUUUGUGGAUGAGAAGAUGAUGGCGGAUAUUGAGUCGCAGCUUUCACCAGAGCAGUUGCAGCUGUUUGCGCAGGAGAACGAUACCAUGCUGAAGCAUUAUGAAGAUACACUGAGUAAAGUUCAGAACGCCGAAAAGUCGCUCUUGGAAAUUGGUUCGUUACAACAGACACUGGUCGCUCACCUUUCGACGCAGGAAGAUUAUAUCAGUCAAUUGGUGACGGAUGCGAGCACUACACAUACAAACAUUGGGCGCGGAAACCAGGAACUGAAGCGUGCGAAUGAGAGAAAGAGUACAGCACGAGCAGUGUUCUGGGGCACAGUUGGAUUGUGUACAGGGCUUAUUAUCUGGGAUGCUAUUUUCUAA